AUGGCUUCAUUCCGGACGUUAGUUUUACUUCUGUUUACGGCAUGUAUUUCUAGUAUUUGGGCUUGGGAUAUCAGCAAUGAAAAUGAUCGCCAAAUUUGUCAAUCGCGGACUAGGAAUCCAUUGGAUGGGUGUGAGGGUAGCAGAACGGUCUUCGUAGAUGGGUUGGGCAACGGAACGAGGUUUAGGAGUGUGCAAUCUGAUACAUACACCAUCCUUAUUGCCUCCGGUAAUUACACGGAGCAAGUAAACGUCACGCGACGAGGACCAACAUACCUCCUGGGUCAGACAUCUCACCCCAAAGACCAGUCCUACAACACGGUGAACAUAAUAUGGGCAGCUGUAGCAGGAACAGGAGAUAAUGCCUACACCAGCACACUGACAGUCGCGCCGACACUCAAUGCGUCUCUCACUGGAAUGCCUAGCGAUACGCCGUUUGGCUGUGUGGAUUUCAGGACGUAUAAUCUGAACUUCAUAAAUGAUUAUGCGCCUUACUCUGUCACUCCAUCCCUAGCACUGAGUAUAAGCCGCGCCAAUGGAGGUUUCUACUACACCGGCUUCUACAGCUAUCAAGAUACCAUUUAUGUAGGUAAAUUAGGAAACGCUUAUUUCAAAAAUGGCGAAGUAGCAGGCCAGACCGACUUUUUCUACGGUUUCGGUACCGCAUGGGUAGAGAAGACCUCCAUUGCUCUCCGCUCUUGCGGUGGGGGAAUCACGGCGUGGAAAGGAUCGAACACUACCUUUAUAAAUAAAUACGGUGUCUACAUUGUAGAUUCCAACGUCCAUGCCGCGAAUUCAUCUCUGAACAUCGUAGGGAAAUGUGCUCUUGGUCGGCCAUGGGCAAGCUUCCCCCGUACCCAAACUCCACGCUUGACUAACGAGAGGAAACAGAAUGCGCAAAUGCGCGCCAUCUUUGCACGAACCUACCUUGACAAUUCAAUCCUGUCAACGGGCUAUAUAGAUUGGGUCCCGGCGCGGUAUACACCGAAUCUGACGUUGCAGGCCGAAUAUAAGAAUUAUGGGCCGGGGUAUAAUGUUAGUGGGAGGGCGAGCGCGUUGUUUGAUGUGCAGUUGACGGAUAGGCAGUGGGCAGUUUAUGAUGAGCCGGGGAAGGUGUUCCAAACGCCGGAAGGGAGAUUUGGAAAUACGGGGUGGAUUGAUUGGAGUGUUUGA